AUGUCCAAGUCAGACGCGAUUGUGAGGAUUGAAACUCGGCUACCGGUUAUGUCGGUGAGAUCCCUUGUCCCACAACACCUUCUUCGUGCUCUGCAGGUCGAAGUUAAGGCGCGCACGAACCUCUUUGAAGUAGGUAUACGCCGCAACAGCGCCCGCCUACCCACGCCAGAGCCGAACGGUGGGCUCCUGGAAAGGCGAAUGGUACCAUACGCCACUAUACUCAGGCACAAAGGUGGGCUUGAUUCCGAUCGGGGAUGCUCAAAAGGGUACUUCUCCUUCUUGUCCCCACCCGCACCCGAACCACCAUCGUCUGCCUUCCGCUUCUCCUCAGACAGCUCCCCGCCACCUCCGGCCUGA